AUGUCCAACAGCGCCCGGGUAAAGCGUCCCUUUGCCGGCGCCUCGGCGGACCCGUCCCAGCGCCAAAUCACCUCGUUUUUUGGCGCGCAGUCUGGCGCGCCGGUGGUCACCGAGGCCGCACGCCAACAGCAGCAGCAGCCUGCGCUGCCGGCUAAUGUCCAGUCGAACCUGCUGAGCGUCGGCAUGCGCGUCCGCAAGUCUGUGCCUGAAGGCUACAAGACCGAGGGCCCCAGCGCCUUUAAGCUGUGGACCGACAACACGACCCCCAACGCUCCCAAGAUCCGCAGCAGCAGCAACACCACCAGAGUUGCCUCGCGAGAGCUCCUCCCGUUUUGCGGAAUCAAUAAAGUGGGAGGGUUCGAGUCGCAGCCCGCCUUUGCGCACGACGACGUUCCCGACGAGGAUGCCUUGCCCGAAUUGACAAUGUCCCAAGAGACGGUCGAUGGCAGCGAGACCGCCACGCCCUCCCGCAAGCGCAUCUAUGAUGACGAUGAAGAGGAUGCUCAUCAGCUCAAUGGCGAGCUUAGCCCCGGAAGCCGUGGCAAUGCGCGCCUUAUGGCCGUUCCUCACUCUCGAGCGAAGAAGGGUACUGCCUACAGAAACAUUGGCCAGGAAAAUAGAAAGGCCGAACAAGACUUUGAAGAGGCCGAGUUCCUAGUAUUCGACGACGAGCAAGACCUGGACAUGGCCAUUUGA